AUGUAUUGCCGGUGCUUCGUGGAAAAGCGCUAUCGCAGGGCGGAAAGUAAACCCCGAAGGCCCCCUCAGCAGGAGGGACCUAACUGGGGGUGGGGGGGGGGGGGUGGGCUCUUGGGGGGGGGGGGGGGGGGGGUGGGGGGGGUGGGGGGGGGGGGGGGGGGGGGGGGGGGGGGGGGGUGGGGGGGGGGGGGGGGGGGGGGGGUGGGGUUUGGGGGGGGGUGGGGGGGGGGGGGGGAGGGGGGGGGGGGGGGUGGGGACCGAGGUCCCGGCCGGGGUGGGGGGGGGGGGGGUGGGAGGGGGGUCUAA